CAUUUGGAUAAGAUAUUAGGAUUAUGACACAUUUAGGCACCGAUAUAUCGGAAGACUCGUAAUAUUUCCAUUUAGUUCUAUUUGGCGUUACCAGCGAUAAUAAUGGAGAAUCGCUGGUUACGGUUGUUUACGGCAGUAGCCUUUCUGGUGACCACUUCCGCCUUAAGCCCCAUCCCAGUACCUGACGAAGAAUGGGAAGAAUUCACUCGGAUGAUGCGGGACUCUUCGUACCGUCUACCUGUCACGACGAAACCUAUUCACUACGAAGUAACCAUAACUCCAUAUUUUGAAUUAAAUGUACCAGAAGACCAGCAGUUUACAUUUGACGGAUCAGUCAACAUAUAUCUGCAAGCUCAGGAAGAAAAUGUCAAUGAAAUUGUCAUGCAUUGUAAUACUCUCUCUAUAGAGUCUCUGACAGUUACGUAUUCUGAAAGUGACGAUCCUGAUGCAGUCGUAGACAUAACAAGUGCCGACCAGAACUUUGUUUGUGAAAUGCCGUACGCAUUUCUAAGAAUAUCUACAUCUGAAGCUUUAGUUCUUGGCAGAAAUUACACAGUAACUGCAACAUAUAAGGGCCAGCUGCAAACUAACAUGAGAGGAUUCUACAGAAGUUGGUAUGUUGAUAGUACUGGCAACAAACGAUGGAUGGGUACUACUCAAUUUCAACCAGGACAUGCUCGGCAAGCAUUCCCGUGCUAUGAUGAACCAGGAUUCAAGGCUACCUUCGACUUCACCAUAGUCAGAGAAUCAGAUUUUAGUGAAACCCUUUCAAACAUGCCGAUAAAAGACACAGUCGUAUUGGAAAAUGGAAGAGUAGCUGAAACUUUUUACACAACUCCUGUUACUUCGACAUAUUUAACUGCAUUCAUUGUGUCGCAUUACAUAGAUGUCGCUAAUAAUAACGACACUGAAAGACCAUUUGCUAUUUACGCACGAAACAAUAUUGGAAACCAUGGAGAAUGGUCACUAGACGUAGGCGAAAGACUUUUGUUGGAAAUGGAAAGGAUAACAGACUACCCAUACUAUACAAUGGCUGAUAAAAUAAAUAUGAAACAAGCAGCCAUUCCAGACUUUUCAUCAGGUGCUAUGGAAAAUUGGGGUCUUCUGACGUACAGAGAAGCUUUAAUUUUAUAUGACGCAGAAAAUUCUAACCACUUCUACCACCAGCGUAUAACCAAUAUCGUGGCUCAUGAAAUUACUCAUAUGUGGUUCGGUAACCUUGUAACCUGUGCUUGGUGGGAUGUCUUAUGGCUUAAUGAAGGAUUUGCUAGAUUCUAUACAUAUUUCUUGGCAGAUCGGGUCGAGCCAACUUUUGGGUUUGAGACGCGAUUCAUCACUGAACAAGUCCAUAUGUCUAUGUUGGUGGACUCCUUGGAUACUGCGCAUCCACUAACUGAUACUAGUGUUGAAGACCCUGAUAGCGUUUGGAGUCACUUCUCUUCUAUCACCUACGCUAAAGGUGCUUCUAUAAUAAGAAUGACAGAACAUUUACUUGGUACAGAUACGUUUGAGAAAGGGUUGAAAAAUUACAUUAAAGACAGACAAUUUGACGUUGCUACGCCGGAUGACUUGUUUCGCGCAUGGGACGCUGCCGCGAUAGAAGAUGGCGCUUUGUCUCAAUACAAUGGCAUCUCUAUCUACCAGUACUUCGGAACUUGGUCGAAUCAAGCUGGACACCCCAUGCUGACAGUGGUUACUAAUCAGAGAACUGGAGAAAUGGUUGUAACACAGGCUCGUUUCAAUAGAGAUACUGGAGUGUCAGCAUAUCCAACUCUUUAUCACAUCCCUAUUAGUUGGACUCGUGGGGGAGACCCCGAAUUCGAUAAUACGAAACCAGACGCAGUGCUGACUGGCCAAGUAACUCUUCUUCAACGAGGAACAUCCGAUUUAGAGUGGGUUAUAUUUAACAAGCAAAAUACAGGUUUUUAUCGAGUUAACUACGAUGCUAAUAAUUGGGCUCUUAUAACACGAGCAUUACGAGGAUCAGACAGAACUGUGAUUCAUGAAUAUAACCGAGCUCAGAUCGUAGACGAUCUAUUCGUUUUUGCAAGAGCUGGUGUACUUCCAUACAACAGAGCUUUGAACAUUCUUUCCUUCUUGCAAUUUGAAGACGCUUAUGCACCAUGGGAUGCUGCUAUAACUGGAUUCAACUUUGUAACAAGACGAUUGGCCCAUGAUGCUGAUAAUUUACAAAAACUUCGGGAUACCAUCCUCACUUUGAGCGAGGCUGUGGUCAAUCGCCUUGGUUUUGCUGAAAAAGAUACGGAUACUUGGAUGGAGCGUUUACAAAGGAUGUAUGUUAUGCAAUUCCUCUGCAACGCUGGACACGACGAUUGCAUAUCUGCAGCCACCCAAAACUUCCAAAACUGGAGAAAUGGAGUGCCUGUUCCAGCUAAUAUGCGUCCCUGGGUGUAUUGCACUGGUCUUCGAUACGGAAAUGCUAGUGAUUUCGACUUUUUCUGGGACAAUUACUUAAGUAACAAUUUAGCCAAUGAUCAAGUUGUUAUGCUACAAAACGCAGGUUGUACUAGUGAUGAAGCCAGUUUGGAAAAGUACCUCACAGCUAUUGUAGCUAUGGAUGACUCGGUCAGACCUCAGGAUUACACUACAGCUCUCAAUUCAGCUGUUAGUGGUAAUGAAGUAAACACACUCAGAGUCUUCGAAUGGUUGAAGAGGAACAUCGCCCAAACUACUGAAGCUCUUGGAAGCAUAUCGACGCCCCUAAGCUACAUUGCAGCUCGGCUCUUGACCGAAGAAGAUAUUGUUGAGUUUGAAACAUGGGUGAGAGAUAAUCGCGAAGAAAUUGGCGACGGCGCAUAUAACACUGGUAUUAAUGGCGCAGCUGGGGCAAGGAGGAACCUCGCAUGGUCAGACAACAGAGUAGCUGAACUUGCUUCAUAUUUCGAGACAGGAUAUGUUGAAGAAGAAAUCAAUAUUGAUGACAGCGAAGAAGUCGAUGGUGGUGACGGGGGUGAAGAAACUGACGGCGGCGAAGAAACUGACGGCGGUGAAGAAACUGACGGUGACGACGGGGAACCUGAUUCAGCGAAUAUUGCUGCUUUAAGCUUUGUAACGCUUGUCGCGACUGUCACUAUCAAUUUUUUUGCAUACCCACAAGAGAUAGUGACGAAAUUACUUAUAUUUCACGAACCUAAUCGAAUUAACGGAUUUAAGAUAAAGGAAAUGAUUAUGAUAAAUACUUGGACAAAAUAUCGUACUUACUUACUUUUUAGUCGGCCAACAGGAGUCAGGGUGGCCACGAUGGGAGUCACAACACUACUUCUCCUUGCGCUCGUGGGCGCCAUAAGUGCCAAUAGUGACAAUAUCAAUCCAUUUCUGGAACUGAGGUCAAAUUUUGAAUUCCUUUCCGGCGAAACUAACUUGGAUGAGCCAGCUUACAGACUCCGUGAUGUAGUCCAGCCUACCUAUGUCUACGUUGACCUUGAUGUAUACCUGGCCGAAUCUAGAUUUAAUGGCAUUGUGACACAUGUCGUAGAUGUAUUAGAGUCUGGUCUCACUCAAAUCGUGCUACACCAAAGAGUUGUUGCAAUCACAGCCGUGACUAUUUACGACAGUGCAAAUAACAUUGUCCCUCUUACCCCUCUUGACUCCUAUGAAACCGACUCAUAUUACGAGAUACUUAAGAUUAAUCUGGCUAAUGCUAUUGAUGCUGGUACUUACACCAUUAUCAUCACUUACCUCGGACAAAUUAAUGAGAAUCCUAUUGACAGAGGUUUUUAUAAAGGGUACUACUAUUACAACGAUGAAAAACGCUAUUACGCUACUACACAGUUCCAACCUCAUCAUGCUAGAAAGGCGUUCCCUUGCUUCGAUGAACCUCAGUUUAAAUCAAGAUAUGUCAUUUCUAUCGUUCGUGAUGCUAAUCUCAGCGAGUCUUACUCCAAUAUGGCCAUUAAUGAAACUAAGAUUGAAUCCGAAAAUCGUAUUCGUGAGACUUUCCUGCCUACACCGAUUAUCUCUGCCUAUCUCGUCGCCUUCCAUGUCAGCGACUUUGUUUCAACUAAAAGUACCGGAACGGAAGCCAAACCCUUUGGCAUUAUCUCCCGAGAAGGUGUUACUAGCCAACAUGCUUAUGCCGCUCAAAUUGGGUUGAGAAUAACUGAAGAACUUGAUGAAUACCUACAGUUCGGAUAUUACACUAUGGGUCAAGGUCAACCGAUGAAAAAUGACCAUAUUGCUUUGCCAGAUUUCCCAUCUGGUGCAAUGGAAAACUGGGGGAUGGUUAACUACAGAGAAGCUUACCUUCUUUAUGAUGAGCAAAACACCAACUUGAAUAACAAAAUUUUCAUCGCUACUAUCCUGUCUCAUGAGCUCGCUCAUAAAUGGUUCGGUAAUUUAGUUACUUGUUUCUGGUGGAGUAACUUGUGGCUGAACGAGUCUUUUGCUAGUUUCUUCGAAUAUUUUGCUACUCAUAUGGCUGACCCUUCCCUGGAGCUAGACGACCAAUUUGUUGUUGACUACGUACACAGUGCUCUGAACUGGGAUGCUUCUGCGGGUGCUACUCCUAUGAACUGGACUGCGGUAUCUGAUAACCCUUCUAUCAACUCUCACUUCAGCACCACUAGCUACGCCAAGGGUGCGUCAGUGCUCAGAAUGAUGGAGCAUUUUGUAGGUCCGAGAAUUUUCAGAAACGCUUUAAGAUAUUACAUCAGAGAUAACCAAUACAAAUUAGGAACUCCAGAGGAUAUGUACAAUGCGUUUAGAACUGCUGUAGCUGAAGAUCCUACAUUUGUUGUUCAAUAUCCUGGCAUUGAUGUUGGUGAAGUAUUCGACAGCUGGGUCCAAAACCCUGGCUCUCCCGUUUUGAAUGUUGAUGUGAAUAUGGACUCUGGCACCAUAAAUAUUACUCAACAACGAUUCCUUCUUAAUGGUGAAACACGUGACACAUUAUGGCAAGUUCCUGUAUCCUGGACCCAUAGUGGAAACCUUAACUUUGUUAACACAAAGCCAGACUUCGUACUAACACAGAGAACCAGUACAGUUGAGAAGGGUGCUGGACAUCAUUAUGUUAUUCUUAAUGUUGCGCAAUCUGGUUUGUAUCGUGUUAACUACGAUGACCAUAACUGGGAAAUGAUCGCUGCUGCUCUCCGCGAUAAUAGAGAAAGUAUUCACAAACUCAAUAGGGCUCAGAUUGUAAACGAUGUUCUGCACUUUAUUCGCGCUGACGCUAUUUCCAUGAGCCGUGCCUUCGAUGUUUUGUCUUUCUUGGAGAGUGAGACUGAUUAUUACGUUUGGGCUGGAGCACUCGGCCAGCUUGACAUCAUUCGUAGACGGCUUGAACACUUGCCCGAGGUUCAGGAGGAGUUCCAUGACUAUCUGUUGGAACUUAUGGAUGCUGUUAUUGAUCAUUUGGGUUAUGAAGAAAAUGACAGUGACUCUACUUCAACAAAAUUGGCCCGUAUGAUAAUUAUGAACUACGCUUGCAAUACUCUUGGGCACCAAGGUUGCGUAGAUUACAGUGUAGCAAGAUGGGCACAGUAUAAAGCAAAUGAGAGUAACUUGGUCAAGCCUAAUGAACGUCGUUACGUAUAUUGCGUGGGAUUACGCGAAGGUGACUCAACUGACUACACAUUCCUCUUCAACAAGUACAAUACAUCAGAGAAUACAGCUGAUAUGGUCGUAAUUCUUCGCGCACUUGCUUGUACUAAGGACCAAACCCAAAUUCAGCACUACCUAGAGCAGUCCUUGUACAACGACAAGAUCCGUGUCCAUGACAAGACCAAUGCAAUCAGCUUCGCUCUUCAGGGCAAUAAAGAAAACUUGGAGACUGUGUUAAACUUUAUUAAAGAUAGAUACAGUGACAUUAGUGAAUGGUAUGGUGGUGUAGCGAGAUUGAAUAUCGCUUUGAAUGCUCUGACGACCUACUUGACUGACUUCGAAACUAUUGUUGAGUUUCAAGGUUGGCUGUAUGAAAACCAGGUGGAGCUCGGUUCAAGUUUCACUACUGGUGAUAAUAUCGUUAAUGCAGCUAUCGAAAACAUCAAAUGGGGUAAUAGCGUAGCCGUUGAAAUGUUCUCCAUACUUCGCUCCAGGAACUCUGCUGCUGCUAUCGUAUCGCCUUUCGCUCUUCUUCUUGUAGCACUUACUGCCCAUCUACUACAUUAAUUUAUUUAAUAAUACCUAUUUCUAAGUGUGAAAUUAUCAUUUAAAUAAUUUCGUUCCGUGAUUUGUUAUGUAGUAUUUGUAUACAAAUAUUUUUAUUAAAAUUUAAAUAUAA